AUGACCGUAACCGCCUCAGACGAGACAGCAUUCGACGAGGAAUCAACUUGGGGCAUUGUACUUCGGGAUGUCUUCUCAAAAUCGGUGGAGUUUUUCCAUCGCAUGCUGCCUGUCUAUGAGCCAUUGAAUUUGGAAGGAAGGUCAGACAUACCAGAGUUCCACCCUUCCCUAUGGAACUUUUUCUGGUCACCCAACUUGUAUCUUGCUGUCUUCGUGAAUGUAUUGAAUAAUAGGAUUAAUGCUAUAAUUGCACCCCGAACGCCAAGACCGCUGCCAACAUACAUUCGAUUGGCAAUACGGUUACCAUGUUUUUAUUUGAUGAUAAAAUCAGCAUUAGUUCUGAUUGCUUGUAUUGCAGACGAGAGGCAAUGGACGCAAGAGUAUAUGGGUAGUCUGCUUAAAGGCUACAGUAUGGAAUAUACCGAUGCACAAGCUUUAUGGUUAUGUUUAAAGUCUCUGUCAGCGGUUUAUGUCAUGAAACAGUUUCAUUCGAGCAUGGAGAACAGGAGUCUCCCAGGGCGAGAACAAGCAACUAAUCUGUAUGAAUGGGCUCUCUUAUUUCACUUAUACGUCUCUAAUCGUCAUCCGAAUACCGAUCUGCUCCUAAUAGCGCUAUUAGAACUAUUGGAUAUAAUGUUACUAGAGAUACUAUACAUCCAUCCCCGAGGCAUUCAAUAUCGACUUAUUCCAACGAGUUUCGUCGGUAUACUCGGUAUUGUUCAUUAUGCAUAUGCGCUUCGUUAUAGAUCAGAUACUUAUCCCUUAUUGCAAAGUAUCGCCCGUUUUCCAGAACUUGCGCUAAUAGGAAUAAUCAUCAUGUGUACCAUAUUACAUGGGGUGGCUAUUGUGGUUACUGGAGGGAAUGUCAGGCGUAGGUUCUUCCUUGACGCAAGGACUUUACCAACGUUGAAUCAGGAUUAUACGAUGGCAUUGUAUCAAGUAGGAACAGCCUGCGUCGAAGCAACAAGAAUCGAUGGAUUUCGUAACGAACUCAAUCCGGUUGCUGUUCCAAUGGGUACAAUAUUUGAGGCUAACCGGAAAAAGAGCAAAAAAGCUAAUAAGAGGCGUCCAACGUGUGGAUUUGACAACGAACAAUUGGAUGAUAGCGGAGUUUCUCUAUCUCCACCCGAACAAGAUGAUAAUCCACAACGAUUUACAUUAUUAAGCAAUUUCUCAUAUCAGUUGUUGCAAACAGUAUCUGCAUUUGGUGGUUGGAUACUUGAAUUUGUGCCAUUUAUUAAUUUUGGACGGGCUCGUCGACAACACAUAACACCGUCUUCUGCUUCUAGCGUUGCCGCCACUGCAGCUGCCCUUCAAGCAGUACAGCAAAGCUUAUAUCAUAACUCUGAGACUGAGGUUGAUGUUGAAGAAGAGUUGUAUAAUAAUUUCCUGCAAAAUGAGACCAUUGAUGAUCAAGAUGAUGACGAGUAUAACGAAGACAGUCAGACUGCUGAGGGCUCGUUGGAAGAUGAAGAACAAGACGACAUUGUCGAUGAUGUUGGAGAAGUAUAUACAGAACUGCUUUCUCUUGGAAGUGACAUAAGGGAACAAAUACACAAUCCAGCCUCGAAUUUGGGCAAUAGUUCUGGAUUGCAACUAUUCAUCACUCAUCUUGUUCAUUCUCCUGUGCUCACCCGUACACAGUAUCGUAGGCUAACCCAAACGCCGCCUGCAUCUGCUGUGUAUGAUGAGGCUGCUGCUCUACUUACAUUGAUGGAAGAGCGACAGGCUGUAAGUGAUACAUUGACUAAUCCGAUUACGGAUCGUCUAUGCGUUAUUUGUCAUACUGAGCCUAGACAAUGUUUGUUGAAACCAUGCAGAUGUUUUGCUAUCUGUGAUGAUUGUAGGCAAGCGAUGGCGCAAAAGAGAUUUAAAAAGUGUCCGUGUUGUCGGAGUGAUGUAGAGGGUUAUUGUCGAAUUUAUGUACCAUAG